CACAGCAGUUUUUUUUCGUCAUUCUUUGGGGUCUGAUUAGAAACUCUCACACAGGCCGACAAACUCUUAAGCUUUCCCUUAGAUCUGUACCGGUGACUCCUGUCCAAGCUCAAGAAAAUGGAAACCUUUCUAUUCACCUCCGAGUCAGUGAACGAGGGUCACCCUGACAAACUAUGUGACCAGAUCUCUGAUGCAGUGCUCGAUGCCUGCCUUGAGCAGGACCCAGACAGCAAGGUUGCUUGCGAGACAUGUACAAAGACAAACAUGGUCAUGGUCUUUGGAGAGAUCACCACCAAGGGAAAGAUAGACUAUGAAAAGAUUGUUCGUGACACAUGCCGUAACAUUGGAUUUGUUUCUGACGAUGUUGGUCUUGAUGCUGACAAGUGCAAAGUAUUGGUUAACAUUGAGCAACAGAGCCCGGAUAUUGCCCAGGGUGUCCACGGUCACUUUACCAAGCGCCCAGAGGAGAUUGGUGCUGGUGACCAGGGCCAUAUGUUUGGUUAUGCCACUGAUGAGACCCCCGAGUAUAUGCCUUUGAGCCAUGUUCUUGCCACCAAGCUUGGUGCUCGCCUCACUGAGGUGAGGAAGAAUGGAACCUGCCCUUGGCUAAGACCUGAUGGCAAGACUCAAGUUACUGUUGAGUACUUCAAUGACAAUGGUGCAAUGGUCCCUGUUCGUGUCCACACUGUUCUCAUCUCUACUCAGCAUGAUGAGACUGUCACAAAUGAUGAAAUUGCCGCUGAUCUAAAGGAGCAUGUCAUCAAGCCUGUUAUCCCGGAGAAGUACCUUGAUGAGAAAACUAUCUUUCACCUCAACCCAUCCGGCCGUUUUGUUAUUGGUGGUCCUCAUGGUGAUGCAGGUCUCACUGGACGCAAGAUCAUUAUUGACACCUAUGGUGGCUGGGGAGCCCAUGGUGGUGGUGCUUUCUCAGGGAAGGACCCAACUAAGGUGGAUAGGAGUGGUGCUUACAUUGUUAGGCAAGCUGCCAAGAGCAUCGUAGCAAAUGGUCUUGCUCGUAGGUGCAUUGUGCAAGUUUCCUAUGCUAUUGGUGUACCUGAGCCUUUGUCAGUCUUUGUGGACAGCUAUGGCACUGGAAAAAUUCCAGACAAGGAGAUCCUUAAGAUUGUGAAGGAGAGCUUUGACUUUAGGCCUGGAAUGAUGACCAUCAACCUGGAUCUCAAGAGGGGGGGUAAUAGGUUCUUGAAGACAGCUGCAUACGGACAUUUUGGAAGGGAUGACCCAGACUUCACCUGGGAAGUUGUCAAGCCCCUCAAAUGGGAGAAGCCUCAAGCUUAAGAGUGAUUUAUCCCAUCCCUGUUGCGCAAUGCUUAUUUUAUUGGUACUUAUGAAUAAUUCGGUUUGUCUUGCUGCUGGUCUAUAAUCGUUAGCUAUCCUCAAUGGUCUAAUCUCAUACAUUAAGAUACCCUAUUCAUUUUCAUUUCUUUUUUUUUUCUUUCUUUUUUUCCUCUGUUUUUUCUUAUCCUUCGCAUUUUGUUCCCAGUGCUGGUGUGAAAACGUGUGAAAUUUUUGUUUGAAUUGAGGGCACUGGAAGUAACAAAUGCCUGUUAAGUUUG